AUGCACGUGCGGACGGGACUGCUGGAGGGAAACGUGGGGUGGGGACGGUUCCUGCGGAGGAAGGACGUGGAUCGGUUCGUGGAGAUCGCGGCGAAGCGGACGGAGCGCGUGGAGAGAGGGAAGAAGGGGAAGCCGGUGCGGUGGUUCGUGUUGUCGGAUAACGAGGAGGCGAGGAGAAGAGUGGAGGAAGCGGGGAAGGGAGUCGUGUGGACGUCGAACUGCACUGUGGCGCACACCAAGACGGUGAGUCGGAGCGCGUGGAAGUGCUCCGUGGUGGAGAAUUAUUUGCUCAGCGAGUGCGACUAUCUGAUUCUCACCGCGAAGAGUACUUUCGGGUACUUGGCCAAGCAUCGUAAUGAGGCCGAGCAGAGCAAUAUUUUCCCCAAGUCGUGAGCCGAGAUGAAUAUGAAUAUGAAUGUGAUGAUAACGAUGAUAAUAAUAGUUUUGGUGAUGAUGAUGACUCAUUUGAUUUGAUUAACUACA